AAUUUAGGAAGGAAACUGACACUCCAAUUCCUCAUUGCUUUAGAAUAUUGUCUUUUAUUUCCAGGUGGUCUAUGUGCAGACUCCGAGGAGAGGUUGCUGAAGUGGCUACUGAGUAGAGAACACUACAACAAGCUGAUACGACCAGCCAGUAACCGGUUUGAACCGGUCACCAUCACACUGCAGGUCUCCCUGGCACAACUGAUCAGUGUGGUGGGUUUGUUGUAUUCGAUUGUAUUGUAUUGGAUUCUAUUGUACUUUACUGUUUUGUUUUGUAAUUGUGUUGUAUCAGUGUGGUGAGAGUUCAGUUCUUUCAUUUUCGUUGUUUACAGUAUAUUCAAAUUACAAAAUGUAAUGGAAUUCGUAAAAGUUGGAUACAUAUUAAACAAUAUGUCUUAUUUUGUAGCAUGAAAGGGAACAAAUCAUGAUCACCAAUGUCUGGUUAACACAGGUGAGAUUAUAGAGGAAAAGAACGAUCGUCUGUCCAGAAUACAUAUAGUAUAUAGUGUAGUGUCAUUAUUGAACACAACAUUAUGGUGAAGGUGAGUGAUUUACCUCUUGCUACUACUAAUAACCAUCCUUCUCGCCGUAGAACUGGGUUGAUUACAGGCUGUCAUGGGAGCCCUCAGACUUUGAUGGGAUUGACAAGCUCCGCAUUCCCUCCCGACAUAUAUGGCUCCCAGAUAUUGUACUGUACAACAAGUUAGUAUCAAACCCUCCAGGAAAAGUAUGUGCUUUAAACAUGAUUGUGUAGUCAAUGUUAUGAUGCUGCUGGGAAUACACAGACAGUGAAAGAUAUUCAACGCUGUUAUUCUGAGAGCCUAAAAUCUCACUGACGUGUCCUCCCUCCCCUGUAGUGCUGAUGGUAUCUAUGAGGUGACAGUCUUCACCAACGCCAUCGUCCUGUCCAACGGCACCAUCUUCUGGCUCCCUCCAGCUAUCUAUAAGAGUGCCUGCAAGAUCAAGGUCAAACACUUCCCCUUCGACCAGCAGAACUGCACCCUGAAGUUCCGCUCGUGGACCUACGACCACACUGAGGUAAUAAAUGGAAACUUAUUUUUAUCCUUGUUAUUGUGGUCUUCUGUAGCUCAGUUGGUAGAGCAUGGCGCUUGCAACGCCUGGAUAUUGGGUUCGAUUCCUGGUACCACCCGUACUUAAAAUGUAUGCAGUGCACGCAUGACUGUCGCUUUGGAUAAAAAUGUCUGCUAAAUGGAAUAUGUCUAUUGAGGCUUAUAAAUGGUAUAUCAUGCACUGUGGUUGGAGGAAACAUGGGAAAGUCAUGCUGCUUUAAACGUUGAUACACUUGUAGGAGAAAAUGCCCUUUGAAAGAAUUUGCUGAGAUUUAUACACUUCCUAGAGAGCUCUUCUUUGAUUACACCCAUUCAGCAUCAUUCACACCUGCUUAAGCCUUUACAUGCUGACUAGACCCAUGCGCCAUCACGCGCAUGUUGAUUUUGUCGACCAACACCAGACGCAAUCAGGACACGCAGGUUGAAAUAUAAAAACAAACUCUGAACCAACUAUAUUCAUUUGGGGACAGGUCGAAAAGCAUUAAAUAUUUGUCAAUUUAGCUAGCUAGCUUGCUAAUUUGUCCUGGGAUAUAUACAUUGGGUUGUUAUUUUACCUGAAAUGCACAAGGUCCACUACUCCGACAAUUAAUCCACAGAUAAAAGGGUAAACCGAGUUUGUUUCUAGUAAUCUCCUCCUUCAGGCUUCUUCUUCUUCUUUGGAUUUUAUAUGGCGGUUGGCGACCAACUUUAAGAUGCAUUACCCCCACCAACUGGACUGGAGUGUGUACCUCAGUUCAUCUUUCAGUCAACCACGUGGGAAUAUGCUCCUAAAAACCAAUGAGGAGAUGGGAGAGGCGGGACUUGCAGCGCGUCGAGCGUCACAAAUAGAACCAAGUUCUAUUUUAGGGCCAGGCGACGCAAACGCGCGCAAGCAGUGUGGGUGCAAUGAUUGAAUACCAGGUGUACAUUUAUUUUGCGGCGAGCGGUGUGGUCAGCAUGUUUUUAGCCCCAUCCCACCCACACAUCAAAUCAAAGUUGAUUUAUUACAUACACAGAUUAGCAGAUGUUAAAGCAGGUGCAGCGAAAUGCUUGUGUUUUUACCUCCAGCAGUGCGGUAAAUGUCUAACAGUACAAUACUAAUACACAAAUACUACCCCCCCCCCCCCCCCCCCCCCCCCCCCCCCCCCACACAUACAAAAAAAGAAAUUAAGAAAUGUCAGAAGGAACAAUGUCAGAGGCCGGAAUGUAAAUACGUGGUGUGUAUAGACAGUAUGGACAAUAUGUAAAUAGGAAAGGUAUGUACAGCUGUAGUUAUAUAGGAUGAGCUAUAUAGGAUGGGUCUGAAAUUAUUGACACCCUUGAUAAAGAUGAGCAAUAAUGACUGUAUAUAAUAAAUAGUGUAUAAAUAUAUGAUUUAAAUCUAUUAUAUGCUUCAAAAAAUGGGGAAAUUAUAUUAUUUUAUACUAAUACAAUUGCUCAGAGAAAGUGAUUUUGUUUAACAAGUAAUACUUUUUUUCAAAAAAAUGUAGGGGUCACAACAGACACCCCUAAAGAUUCUUAUAAAUAAAGUAGUCAAAAGUUUAGUAUUUGGUUCCAUAUUCUUAGCACUCAAUGACUACAUCAAGCUUCUGACUACAAACUUGUUGGAUGCAUUUGCUGUUAGUUUUUGGUUGUGUUUCAGAUUAUUUUGUACCCAGUAUAAAGAAUGGUAAAUAAUAAUAAUAAUGUAUUUUUCUAUAUUUUUUGUUGUUGUAUUUUGCCCCCAAUGGGCUCGGGAGAGGCGAAGGCGGAGUCAUGCGUCCUCCGAAACAUGACCCGCCUAACCGCGCUCCUUAACACCCGCCAGUUUAACCCGGAAGCCAGUCGCACCAAUGUGUUGGAGGAAUCACUGUUCAACUGGCAACCGGGGUCAGCCUGCAGGCACCCGGCUCGACACAAGGAGAUGCUAAAGCCAGGUAAAGCCUCCCCCCCGGCCAAACCCUUCCCUCAAUCUUGGUUUCGUCAGACCAGAGAAUCUUGUUUCUCAUGGUCUGAGAGCCUUCAGGUGCCUUUUGGCAAACUCCAAGCAGGCUGUCAUGUGCCUUUUACUGAGGAGUGGCUUCCGUCUGGCCAAUCUACCAUAAAGGCCUGAUUGGUGGAGUGCUGCAGAGAUGGUUGUCCUUCUGGAAGGUUCUCCCAUCUCCACAGAGGAACUCUGGAGCUCUGUCAGAGUGACCAUCGGGUUCUUGGUCACCUCCCUGACCAAGGCCCUUCUCCCCAGAUUGCUCAGUUUGGCCGGGCAGCCAGCUCUAGGAAGAGUCUUGGUGGUUCCAUACUUUUUCCAUUUAAGAAUGAUGGAGGCCACUGUGUUCUUGGGGACCUUCAAUGCAGCAGACGUCUCUUAUGACUGAAAAGAGCUUCUGGAUAUCAGAACAGCAAUUACUCACUUCGAACUGGAUGAAGAUGUUUUCUUUAAUGAGUCCGACGCGAAGGAUAAAUAAUAAUAAUAAUAUGCCAUUUAGCAGACGCUUUAUCCAAAGCGACUUACAGUCAUGCGUGCAUACAUUUUUUUUUUUUGUCUAUGGGUGGUCCCGGGGAUCGAACCCACUACCUUGGCGUUACAAGCGCCGUGCUCUACCAGCUGAGCUACAGGAUAUACUGCUUCUCCGAGACCCUGUCAAUCGCGUGAAGAAAAGACGGAAAUACAGGGGGCGGAGAUCGGUGUGCCUUGUGAGAAUUCGUUGGCGAGUGGGUAACCUGCCUCUACCAUCCGUUCUAUUGGCCAACAUGCAAUCACUGGAAAAUAAACUGGAUGAUCUCGCUCGAAACUAUCAUACCAAAGGGACAUUAAAAACUGUAAUAUUUCACUGAGUCGUGGCUGAAUGACGACAUGGAUAAUAUACAGUUGGCUGGGUUUUCCGUGCAUCGGCAGGACAGAACAGCUACGUCUGGUAAGACUAGGGGUGGGGGGUGGGGGUCUAUUUGUCAAUAACAGCGUGAUGUCUAAUAUUAAAGAGGUCUCGAGGUAUUGCUUGCCUGAGGUAGAGUACCUCAUGAUAAACUGUAGACCACACUAUCUACCAAGAAAUUUUUCAUCUAUAUUUUUCAUAGCCAUCUAUUUCCCACCACAAACCGAUGCUGGCACUAAGACUGCACUCAACAAGCUGUAUAAGGCAAUAAGCAAACAAGAAAAUGCUCAUCCAGAAGCGGCGCUCCUAUUGGCCGGGGACUUUAAUGCAGGCAAACUGUUUUACCUCAUUUCUUCCAGCAUGUCACAUGUGCAACCAGAGGAGAAAAGAAACUAGACCACCUUUACUCCACACACAGAGACACAUACAAAGCUCUCCCUCGCCCUCCAUUUGGCAAAUCAGACCAUAAUUAUAUCCUCCUGAUUCCUGCUUACAAGCAAAAACUACAGCAGGAAGUACCAGUGACUCGCUCAAUACAGAAGUGGUCAGAUGACGCGGAUGCUACACUACAGGACUAUUUUGCUAGCACAGACUGGAAUAUGUUCCGGGAUUCAUUCAAUGGCAUUGAGGAGUAUACCACCUCAGUCACCAGCUUCAUCAAUAAGUGCAUCGACGACGUUGUCCCCACAGUGACCGUACGUACCCCAACCAGAGGCCAUGGAUUACAGGCAACAUCUGCACCGAGCUAAAGGCUAGAGCUGCCGCUUUCAAGGACCGGGAAACUAAUCCGGACGCUUAUAAGAAAUCCCGCUAUGCCCUCAGACGAACCAUCAAACAGGCAAAGGGUCAAUACAGGACUAAGAUUGAAUCCUACUACACCGGCUCUGAUGCUCGUCGGAUGUGGCAGUGCUUGCAAACUAUUACGGAAUACAAAGGGAAACCCAGCCGCGAGCUGCCCAGUGACAAAAGCCUACAAGACGGGCUAAAUGUGUGAUCACACUCUCUGUAACCGAUGUGACCUUUAAACAGGUCAACAUUCGCAAGGCCGCAGGGCCAGAUGGAUUGCCAGGACGUGUACUCAGAGCAUGCGCGGACCAACUGACAAGUGUCUUCACUGACAUUUUCAACCUCUCCCUGAGCGAGUCUGUAAUACCUACAUGUUUCAAGCAGACCACCAUAGUCCCUGUGCCCAAGAAAGCGAAGGAAACCUGCCUAAAUGACUACCGCCCCGUAGCACUCUCGUCGGUAGCCAUGAAGUGCUUUGAAAGGCUGGUCAUGGCUCACAUCAACACCAUCAUCCCGGAAACCGUAGACCAACUCCAAUUUGCAUACCGCCCCAACAGAUCCACAGACGACGCAAUCUCAAUCGCACUCCACACUGCCCUUUCCCACCUGGACAAAAGGAACACCUAUGUGAGAAUGCUAUUCAUUGACUACAGCUCAGCGUUCAACACCAUAGUGCCCAUAAAGCUCAUCACUAAGCUAAGUACCCUGGGACUAAACACCUCCCUCCGCAACUGGAUCCUGGACUUCCUGACGGUCCGCCCCUAGGUGGUAAGGGUAGGCAACAACACAUCGGGGGCCCUCAGUCAUGCAUGCUUAGUCCCCUCCUGUACUCCCUGUUCACCCACGACUGCAUGGCCAAGCACGACUCCAACACCAUCAUUAAGUUUGCUGACGACACAAGAGUGGUAGGUCAGAGUCAACAACCUCUCCCUCAACGUGAGCAAGACAAAGGAGAUGAUCGUGAACUACAGGAAAAGGAGGCCCUCAGGGGACUGAAAAGAUUUGGCAUGGGUCCCCAGAUCCUCAAAAAGUUAUACAGCUGCACCCCAUCGAUAGCAUCCUGACCGGUUGCAUCACCGCCUGGUAUGGCAACUGCUCGGCAUCCGACCGUAAGGCACUACAGAGGGUAGUGCGUACAGCCCAGUACAUCACUGGGGCCAAGCUUCCUGCCAUCCAGGACCUAUAUACUAGGUGGUGUCAGAGGAAGGCCCAGAGAAUUGUCAAAGACUCCAGUCACUCAAGUCAUAGACUGUUCUCUCUGCUACCGCAUGGCAAGCGGUAACAGAGGGCCAAGUCUAGGUCCAAAAGGCUCCUUAACAGCUUCUACCCUCAAGCCAUAAGACUGCUGAACAAUUAAUCAAAUGGCCACCCGCUGUUUAUUAUCAAUGCAUAGUCACUUUACCCCUACCUACAUGUACAAAUUACCUCGACUAACCUGUACCCCCGCACAUUGACUCGGUACCGUUACCCCCUGUAUAUAGCCUCGGUAUUGUUAUUUUAUUGUGUUACUUUUUAUUUUAUUUUAUACUUUAGUUUAUUUAGUAAAUAUUUUCUUAACUCUAUUUCUUGAACUGCAUUGCUGGUUAAGGGCUUGUAAUUAAGCAUUUCACUGUAAGGUCUACACCUGUUGUAUUCGGCGCAUGUGACAAAUACAAUUUGAUUUGAUUUGAUCCCAUACAAAUUUGUAAUUAAGGCGCAUGAAUGUUCACAUGUUCAAGAAGGCAUUUCUGCCCCAAAUGUUUUAUAAUAAUUGUUUAUAAUAAUAGCUUUUUCAGACGGCUCUACUGUGAAAUAGGAACUGUCGUCAAACGCCUUAGGUCCUGUAACCGGUUACGUGUGUGUGUGUAUGCAUUGUUGUUUCAGACUCGAUCAGCUUCAUAUGUAUUUUAAUUGUCAAAUCUAAAUCCAAUCAAAUCAGGUGGAUCUGGUCCUCAGGACAGGUGUGGCCAGUAUGGAUGACUUCACACCCAGUGGAGAGUGGGACAUCUUGGCUUUACCCGGGCGGCGUACUAUCUCCGGCUCAGAGCCCAUCUACGUGGAUGUGACCUACGACUUCCUGAUCAAGAGGAAUGAAUAUAUAGUGCCAUUUUAUCUUAUUCUUCAAAUGUUUGCAAUAUCUUUGUUUUUUAACUUUGUCUUUUAGCAUAAGAUGUUAUUCAUUUUACGAUCAAGGACCACUUUGGAAAUGCUUGUUUUCAUUCAUGCUUUCAUGUGCUAUCAUCUGGGAUCAUAGGCUACACGUCUUGUUGAUGUAUUAUUUGUUACCCAAAAUAAGAUUCAAUUAAAUUCUGCUCAAUUCAAUUUAUUCCCAGGAAGCCGUUGUUCUACACAAUCAACCUGAUCAUCCCCUGUGUCCUCAUCACGUCUCUGGCUGUGUUGGUCUUCUACCUGCCCAGUGACUGUGGAGAGAAGAUCAGUCUGUGUGUCUCUGUACUGUUGGCCCUCACUGUCUUCCUGCUGCUGAUAUCUAAGAUAGUACCACCAACCUCGCUGGACGUGCCCCUGAUCGGUGAGCUCUGUACCAGGGCCAGUAUUAACAAAGAGUACUGAUCGAGUAGGAGUGCUGAUCUGGAAUCAGUUUUACCUUUUAGAUCAUAAUGAAUAAGAUUAUAUUUCCAGGGGGGGACCUGAUCCUAGAUCAGCACUCCUACCUGAUCCUAGAUGCUUUGUGCACACAGGCCCUGAUAUUCACCAUGGUGCUGGUGACUUUGUGUGAAAGUUCACCCAAGUUAAACAAUUUAAAAGGCAAUGCUACCAAAUACUAAUUGAGUGUAUGUAAACUUCUGACCCACUGGGAAUGUGAUGAAAUAAAUAAAAGCUGAAAUAAAUCAUUCUCUCUACUAUUAUUCUGACAUUUCACAUUCUUAAAAUAAAGUGGUGAUCGUAACAGACCUAAGACAGGGAAUCUUUACUAGGAUUAAAUGUCAGGAAUUGUGAAAAACUGAGUUUAACUGUAUUUAGCUAAGGUGUAUGUAAACUUCCGACUUCAACUGUAUAAGCUUAGUGUUAAGUAGGGGUUAAAGUUUAACAUUUUUUUAUUAGAAAAACAACAUCGCAUAACAACAUUAUUAAAUGAGAUGCUUCUUCACUCUCCCCUCUCUCUGAUCUGAUCAGGUAAAUACCUGAUGUUCACCAUGGUUCUCGUUACCUUCUCUAUCAUCACCAGUGUGUGUGUUCUGAACGUCCAUCACCGUUCCCCCAGCACACACGCCAUGCUCCCCUGGGUUAAAGUUAUGUUCCUGGUCUGGCUUCCUGCCCUGCUGUGCAUGAGGCACCCCCAGAACCACUCAGCCAGCCAGCGGCUCCGUCAGAGGAGGCAGCAGUCCCGGGGGACCCAGAAGACCGAGGAGGCUAGCCCAGGGAUGGAUAACCCUGAGGGGGUUUUACCCGACACUGGCAUGGUCUCCUCCACCUCUCCUUCCUCCAGCUCCAGCAUCUCCUCAUCGCCAUUCUUCCCAUCUACUGGGUUCCACGACCUCAGAAAAAGGUAAUAAUAUACUAUUUAUAUAAUGUACCAUUUCUUUUUAUUUAAUUCUUUCAUAUUAUUGUGGUCAGGUGAUCACCAGAAGAUGUAAUCAACAGACUAUGAAUUUACUGUAAUGUACAUACAUUUUCUUGAAAAUGUGUCAAACCCGUAACGGAUGGUUCACUAAGGGUCCCUUGACAUGUAAGGAAAAAAUAGUAUAAAUCACUAAUUUAUUUUAUUUAUUCACUCAUUCAGGAGUGUGGGGACACCAGAGGGGUUGCUUCCCAUGGAGCAGCUGUACGCUCAGCCGCGGCGUGGCAGUUCCAGCUCUGACAUCAGUCACAGUCCUGAGCUACAGGAAGCUUUGGACGGCGUGCGAUACGUCGCUAACUACAUGGCUGGAGACGACAACAACGAGACUGUGAGUCUUAUUUGAAUUGUUGUUUUUGUUUGCUGCAACAACAAAAAAUGGGGUUAUCGUGUUACCACGUCGUAAAUGCAAAAAAAUCUGAACACAAUAAGAUUUGAUGGUCAGAAUGUUAAAAAAAAUGGUAAGAGAGAAAAGGCUACUUUUCUGUCCAACAUAACUACUGAAAUCUGUCUCUUUCUGUUGCGUUCUUCUGUCCAGCUGGAGAUUGACCUUCAAUGCUCUUCAGCCCAGUCUUUUGUUUGAUGUGUAAUGUAAAUGCCUUAAUGUGUUUGGACCCCAGGAAGAGUAGCUGCUGCCUUGGCAACACCUAAUGGGGAUCCAUAAUAAAUACAAAUACCUGUGGGCGGAGCUACAGCUCUGAUAUUGAUGAACUAAUAAUAUUAAACGUUCUGCUGCAGCAUUUUGUACAGUUGAUCAUUCUCUCUCUUUUUCACAUGAUGUGUUAUGGAUGGAUGGACGGAUGAAUGGAUGAGUGGAUGGAUGAGUGGAUGGAUGAGUGGAUGGAUGAGUGUCUAACCAUGCUUCUUUAGUCCCCAACAUUCUAGUCUCUCUUUCUAGACUGUUCUCUCUCCUUUUCUGACCCUGUGUUCUCCAGGUGAUUGAGGACUGGAAGUACGUGGCGAUGGUAUUGGAUCGGAUGUUCCUGUGGAUCUUUGCAAUAGGCUGUAUAGCCGGUACUGUGGGACUCUUCCUCCAACCCUUCUUCCAGCACCAGGCCAUUCCCAUCCAGCAGCCCAGCAGCCCCACCGCACCAAGGGACCUCAUCUGA